AUGAUUUUAAUAUUUCAAUUAUUUUUAAUUAAUAUAUUAUUUUUGAACUUUAUAAAAUGUGAUAUUCCUGUUCACUGCUUAAGUAGACACGUGGAGGGGAAGUGGGAGAUCCACUUGGGUCUCCUGAAAAAAAAAAAAAAUACUGAAGGUGUUACAUUGAAUGAUAAGGUAACAGGGGGAACUGUAUGGAAUAUAUCUGAUGGAGAUAUAAAGAAAAAUGAAGCGACAGCAUACGACAAUAAUAAUGACAAUAAUAAUGACAAUAAUUAUGAUAAUAAAUAUGAUAAUAAUUAUGAUAAUAAUUAUGAUUAUCAAUGUGGAUAUAAAAGACCUGACAACGCUGAUUAUCAUGAUGAUUUAAACCCAGAGAACGAAGAUACCAAGGAACGAUUCGAAGAAAAGGAGAAAAGAUAUAUCGUGUUUAAUGAAGAUAGAUCAUUAAACAUAUUGAAAGAAGACGGAGAUAUUAAUUCUAGAUAUAGUGGUUAUUGGAAAAUAGUAUAUGAUGAAGGAUUAUAUAUAGAAGUAUACAAAGAGAAUGAGAGUAAAGAAGUGUAUUUCUCCUUUUUUAAAUUUAAACAAAAAGGUGAUGUUUCUUAUAGCUAUUGUAGUAGUUUAAUUAUGGGUGUUAUGAAUAAAUAUUCCUUAGAUAAUAAUAUAUGGGAUAUGACCUAUGAAGAGAAUAUAGAAGAGAACAUAACAAGUGAUGAUAAAAAUAAUAAUAUACAUGUAAUAAAAGAUGAGAAGAAAAGUAUUUUAAAUAUUGAUGAAAAAAAUAAAGAGAUAAGUAAUACUAUAUCACAUAUUUACAUGAUAAGAAAGAAUGUAACUUUCUUGGGAUUAAGAAAUAAUCAAAUAAAGAAACCAAAAAGAAAAAAAAUUAAAGAUAAAAUUAUAAUAACUAGAGGAAAUAAUAAUAUAAAUGAAAUACAAAAUGAUGAUAAUUAUAAUAAGAUAAUUAAGGAAAAAAAUUUCUUUCAACUUAUUGAUUAUUAUAAUGAUAAUUAUAUUAGUUCAGGUCGUUUAAAUAUAGAUAAAUAUUGUUGGUAUGGUAAAAAAGUACAAGAACAUUCUGAACAACCUACCAACAAGAUUCCUGUUGAGAAUAUUUCUCCUUUAUCUGUAAAUGCAGAUGAAUAUAAUAAAUUAUAUGAUGAAAAAAAAAAAAUACUAAAUAAUUUACAAAAUUCUCAAGAUGGUCAACUUGCAAAUUCAAGUGAUUAUAAUAAUAAUAAUAAUGAUAACAAUAAUGAUAACAAUAAUGAUAACAAUAAUGAUAAUGUUGGAAAUGUUGUAUAUCUUAGGAGACCUAAAGAUGUGCUUCGAAAAUACAACAGAGGUUUAUUACUUAUGAAUAUGAAUAAUAAAUAUGAGAAAAGGAAUAGUUUAUUUUAUAAAUAUAUAGAUAAGAAUAUAGACUUAAAAAAUUUCGAUUGGAAUAAUAAAGAAGAUAUAAAAAUGAGAUUAGGACAUUAUAUAAAAAUUUUAGAUGAUGCUAUUGAUCAAAAAGAUUGUGGUUCGUGUUAUGCAAAUUCAGCAUCUUUUAUUAUAAAUAGUAGAGUAAGAAUAAAAUAUAAUUAUAUUAAAAAUAUCGAUUCAUUAUUUUUUAGUAAUGAACAAUUAAUACUUUGUGAUAUAUUCAACCAAGGAUGUAACGGUGGAUAUAUAUAUUUGUCUUUAAAAUAUGCUUAUGAAAAUUAUUUAUAUACACAAAAAUGUUUUGAAAAGUAUAAAAAAAAAAUAAAUUAUAAUAGAGAUGAUUUCGAAAUAAAAAGUUCAUUAAUCAGUCAAGAUGAUAAUACUUUAUUAUGUGAUCAAUUCGAUGUUUUUAAAAUGAAAAAUGAGGAAAAAAAGAAUAACGAAAUAAAGAUAAAAAAGCAAAUAAGUAUGAAUAUAAAUAAGGAUUCUAAUAAAAAUCAUGAGUUUACAAAUGAUGAUAAUGGUCACCUUUUAAUAUUAUCAUAUGAAUUCCAAACGGAUCAUAAUAAAAGAGAUGAUAAUAAAAAAAAAAUAAUAAUAAAUAAUAAUAAUAAUAUAAAUAUAUAUGGAUUAAAUGAAGAUUAUAUAUUAAUGGAUGAGAAAAAAAAAAAAAAUAAUAAUAAUAAUAAAAAUAAUAAUAAUAAUAAUAAUAAUAAUAAUAAUAAUAAUAAUAAUAAUAAUGACGAAGCAUAUGAUAUUUUUAAAUUAAAUUCUUGUGAUGUAAAAAUAAAUGUCUCCAAAUUUGAAUAUUUAGAUAUCCAGGAUGAAGAAUUAUUAAAAAAAUACAUUUAUUACAAUGGACCAGUAGCAGCAGCUAUAGAACCUUCAAGUGAAUUCAUAGGAUAUAAAAAAGGAAUAAUAUUAGGAAAUUUCAUUAAAAUGUAUGAUGGAACUAAAAACAAUGCUUAUAUAUGGAAUAAAGUGGAUCAUGCUGUAGUUAUAGUAGGAUGGGGAGAAGAUACUUUACACAAUUUUGUUAAAAAAAAUAAACUCUCUAAGGAAAGCAUGGAACAUAUUUUAACAACAUGGAAGCAAAAUAAUAACACCAAUGAUUAUCAUAAUAAUAAGGAUAAUGAUAAUAAUAAUAAUAAUAAUAAUAAUAAUAAUAAUAAUAAUAAUAGUAAUAAUAAUGUUAUUAUAAAAUACUGGAAAGUAUUAAAUAGUUGGGGUACCAAAUGGGGGAAUUCAGGGUACUUUUAUAUACUUAGAAAUAAUAAUUCUUUUAAUAUUAAGUCAUAUAUAUUAGCAUGUGACGUUAACUUGUUUGUUAAGCAAAAAGGAACAUGA